AACACCCCUUGUCUCUCUCUCUCACACACACACACACACACACACACACACACACACACACACACACACACACACACACACACACACACACACACACACAGAGAGAGAAAACAAUAUUGAUUGUCCAACGACCAACUUAACAUUUCUGUACUGUGCAUUGUGUUUGUUGUUUAUUUGUCACUUCCCAUGGUGCCAUACUACUUCCUGCACAGCUCGCCAGCCCUGCUGACCCCAUGAGAGGAUUAACAGCUGACCUCCCUAUGUGAGCAGAGGGAGGUGAGGGGGGGAGUGUGGGACAGCCCCCUCUGGUCCACAGCUGGACAGCAGGCAUCCUGCCAGUUCGCCUUGACAUCACUGGGAGAGAAACCACAGCACCAGCUUUACCACAAAAAAGCCAUCCCGCUUGUAUUUGUUUUUGAUAGCUGCUUGUUCUCUCUCCAGUGGAAGAUGAUCCCAAACUGAGAUCAACUACUGGCAUCUCUAUUCAGGUAUGGUUUAGUUUGUUGUGUCUUUCUUUUGGCAGUUAGUUAUGAUGACUCUCCUUAAUGUACAGACAUACAUACCUCCAUCCCUUACUUUCCCUCUCUGUUUGUAUAGUUUCCCAGGUUGUUCUAGCACAUUUCGUCUGGUGUUGGUCUGGUUAUAAGGAUGUUGUUUUAAGAUUGCAACUGAAAAAAGCAAUUGUUUUACAGUAUUAUGUAACUUUUAGGAAUGGGCUAAACAUCUCACAAUUGGUGAAGCCCAUCUGUGUAAAAUCAACACAUUUACAAAGAAGAUGUUGUUCAACAUUAGCUGCACAUCAAAAAUGUAGCAUCACAACUAUUCUACAGAUAAGGUGUAAUGAGAUCUCUAGUUUUUCCUGUACAGAAAAACAUUCGGAGUGCAAUUAGUACUGUUGAUUACAAUGCCUUGGGCGGUUCAUGGUCUGCUGCACUCUGGAGUCAGUCGAUAUUGAUGUGUUCCUGAAAUCCUGCACGCAGCGCAGCACGUCUGCCGCUACGAGCUGUUUUGUCGGUCCAGUAGGGGAGAGAGAAUAAGAAAUCAACUUUCUGGGCCCUCAGUAGUUCAACUGCUACACAGAGCACAGGAAUCUACAGUAGUCUCGCUGAUGGCUUUCACCAUGAUGUGCAGCAGGGUGACAUUACACGAGCCCCAUAACGGUGACUACAGGAGUCCUACGAGAAUUGACCCCCGCCGGAACUCAAUUCCACCAGCACAGACUCUCACAGCCAAACACCUCCCUAGACCACCCCCAGAAUCAACAUGCUUCACCCCAUAUCCAAAGAGGGUUACAGCAAAAACCAACAUGGCUUUGACAAUGCUCGACUCCACAAGGAUCUCUCUCAUCCCCAACUCAAAUAACAACAACUAUGACAACUUCCCAGGUCUCUCACCUCAGCCAGCCUCUGCAUCCCCCCAGCCACAGCCUCAGAGCCCAGGUCCCCAUCAGGUUGUUGCAGGAUUGAUCAGCCAGGAGGUAGACACCUGCCAGUACAUCAUCCCAACUGAGGAGCCAGCCACUUCUCACCGCGGACGCCACCUCAAGCGUUUCAGCUCCAGGUGGUACUCAGGUGCUCCCUUUGGUGGCCCCUUUGGUAGCACCCGUAGCUCCGCCCAUGGCACAAGUGGUGAGAACAAGCCACGCUGCAAACUCCUAGGUGACGAGAGGCCAAGUUAUGGCACAGCCAACAAGCAGCGGCAGCGCUACGUCACCAAAGACGGGAAGUGUCGGGUUAACCUGGGCCCUAUCGAGGACAAGAGCCGUUUCCUCUUGGACAUCUUCACCACUCUGGUGGACUUGAAGUACCGUUGGUUCCUCUUUGUCUUCACCAUGUGCUACGUUGUCACGUGGGUGGCCUUUGCCGAGAUCUACUUCCUAGAUGCCUGGCUGCGGGAUGACGUGGCCCACGUCCACGACCCUCAAUGGCAGCCGUGCUUCGAGAAUGUGGACAGUUUCAUCUCUGCCCUGCUUCUGUCGGUGGAGAGCCAGAGGACCAUUGGCUAUGGCUCCAGAUUGGUGACGGCCAACUGCAUGGAGGGUGUGGUUCUCCUCAUGGCCCAGUCUAUCAUUGGCUCCAUCAUCGAUGCCCUCAUGGUUGGCUGCAUGUUCGUCAAGAUCUCCCGGCCUCAGAAAAGGGCCCAGACUCUGAUCUUCAGCAAGCACUGUGUCAUAUCGGAGCGCGACGAGAAACUCUGCCUCCUCUUCCGCAUCGGAGACCUGAGGGCGAGUCACAUGGUGGACGCCAAGAUACGAGCCAAGUUGAUAAAGUCUAGACAGACCAAGGAAGGGGAGUUCAUACCACUGGAGCAGUCAGAGAUAAACCUGGGCUACGAUACCGGAGGAGACAGGCUCCUGUUGGUCGAGCCACAGACCAUCACCCAUGUCAUCAACGAGAGCAGCCCCUUCUGGGAAAUAGGGGCUGAGCGUCUGACAAGGGAGAGAUUUGAGAUCAUCAUCAUUCUGGAGGGAAUUGUGGAGGCGUCAGGUAUGAUAUGCCAAGCCAGAACCUCCUACACUGAGGAUGAGAUUCUGUGGGGCCACCGAUUUGAAUCCUGCAUCUCUCUGGAAAAGGGGUCUUAUCGGGUGGACCGUGGUGCAUUUGACAAAACCUUCACAGUACAAACCCCCACCCUUAGUGCUAAAGAGAAGAGUGAUGAAAAAGAAGAGGUCCUCUUUUAGAUAAUAGAACUGUACUAUUCACACUGAGCAAACAGCCCUUGUAUUAAAAUAAUUUAAAGGCCAAGACUUCUUGUGAAUACCCUUCGUUCCCUCCCCUCCCUGAGACAAACGUUCCUGUUGUCUCUAAUAUUGUGGACAAACAUUCUUCAAAAGAGUAAGACUUAUACAUUAGCAUGAUAAUCUUCACCCUCAACCAGAAUUUGAACUGUGUUGACAGGGACAGCAUUCAUGUGGGUGAUUUACACAGAAGUAAGUGUAGUAAUGAGUAUGCAGCCAUGACUCCAUGCUUUGUUAGAUUACAAUACUGUUUGUGUCUAGUUUAUAGUUCAUAAUGGAUAGUUGUAGUUCAUUAUGGAUACAUUUGUUAACUGCUACCUCCCAAAUCAUAGAAAUAUGGAGCCAAUCAUUAUAGGUGUUGAAACUGCUUCCCUCUUGUUUUUGUCAGGAUUUUUGUUGUUUUGAAUCACAAUGUCACAUGUAUUUCAUAGUGAUUGUGAAUUCAUGAUGAUGCAGUGAUAAGGCCAUAAUGAUUCAAACUGUGAUACAUUUGAAUGAUGUCAGUGUUGUUCAACUGUUAGAUUUAUUCUGUCCCUGAUGUAAAUGUAUUACACAUAUCAGUCCUCUACAGUGCCUUAAAGUGUCCUCAACCAGAGUUUUCUAAUAUGGUUGCCUUUUGACAUAUUAAACUUUGAUUUUAUUCUU